AUGCUGCUGCUUCUGGCCUACUGUAUUCGAUUGAUCGCAAUUUUUGCGAUUGCCGCUGAAAACUGCGACACGAUGACGAGGGAAUCGAGGUGCGCGAGCAUUUUCGAAGAUCAAGCCACUUGCUAUAGUCCGACAUAUCAGCCGAUGCUCGCAAAUUGUUUAGUCACUUGUAAUGCUUGUGAUUCGUACAAGUGCACGAAUCCUCAGCCAGAAUCCGUUCUCAAUUGCACCGCUCUAAUAACUCAAUGCGAAUCGGCGAAAUUCAAGGAUUUUAUGAAAGAGAAAUGCCCGUCGACUUGCGGAAAGUGCAAUCGGAAGAAUGCGAAUCUUUGCAAUGAUGUGAACUCUCCAGAUGUGUGCUCGGCAAUGGCGAAAUUUUGCAACACAGUUGAUUAUUAUGAUCUUCUAACUGCCGAAUGCCCAUCAACUUGCAAUCGAUGCCCGACGAAUGGCACAAUCGCAGGAACUUGCGCCGAUCUUGCGACAGAUUGCCGAGCGAAUCUCGACAAAUGCUCGCAUCCGCAAUAUGCUCCUCUGCUUCAUCGGCUCUGCGCGAAAACGUGCAAUUCGUGCGACGUCUGCGAGGAUUCCAACAAAAUGUGUUCGUCGUGGAAAACGCAAGGCUUCUGCUCGCGCUACAAUCGCGAAGCGAUUCGGAAGACGUGCGCCAAAUCAUGAGGAGGUUGCGGAAGAGGAGGCGGCGGUGGAGGAUACGCCACCGCUCCAGCUUCAUCUUAUGCUGCACCACCACCACCACCAAGCGGAGGAUACGCCACCGGCGGUGGAGGCGGAUACCCAUCAGGGGGCGGAGGAGGAUACCCAUCUGGAGGCGGAGGAGGAUACUCGACAGGAGGAGGCGGCGGAGGAGGAUAUGCUGGAGGAGGCGGAGGAGGCGGAUACUCGGCAGCUGCUCCACCGGAUCAUCGUAUUCGGGAGGCGCUUCCGGUGGUGGUAGCUCAUAUCCGAGCGCGCGAUUCUUGCGCUUCAAAUCCCGAUAGAAUGUUUCCGAGAGCUAGUUGUGGUCUAAUCUUUACAUUAAGCAGCGGAGGUGGAGGCGGAUACUCUGGAGGCGGUGCUGAAGCUGCUCCAGCUCCAAGCGGUGGAGGAGGAUAUUCUGGAGGAGGUGCUGAAGCUGCUCCAGCUCCAAGCGGUGGAGGAGGAUAUUCUGGAGGCGGUGCUGAAGCUGCUCCAGCUCCAAGCGGUGGAGGAGGAUAUUCUGGAGGCGGUGCUGAAGCUGCUCCAGCUCCAAGCAGUGGAGGAGGAUAUUCUGGAAGCGGUGCUGAAGCUGCUCCAGCUCCAAGCAGUGGAGGAGGAUAUUCUGGAGGCGGUGCUGAAGCUGCUCCAGCUCCAAGCGGUGGAGGAGGAUAUUCUGGAGGAGGUGCUGAAGCUGCUCCAGCUCCAAGCAGUGGAGGAGGAUAUUCUGGAAGCGGUGCUGAAGCUGCUCCAGCUCCAAGCAGUGGAGGAGGAUAUUCUGGAGGCGGUGCUGAAGCUGCUCCAGCUCCAAGCGGUGGAGGAGGAUAUUCUGGAAGCGGUGCUGAAGCUGCUCCAGCUCCAAGCAGUGGAGGAGGAUAUUCUGGAGGAGGUGCUGAAGCUGCUCCAGCUCCAAGCGGUGGAGGAGGAUAUUCUGGAAGCGGUGCUGAAGCUGCUCCAGCUCCAAGCAGUGGAGGAGGAUAUUCUGGAGGCGGUGCUGAAGCUGCUCCAGCUCCAAGCGGUGGAGGAGGAUAUUCUGGAGGCGGUGCUGAAGCUGCUCCAGCUCCAAGCGGUGGAGGAGGAUAUUCUGGAGGCGGUGCUGAAGCUGCUCCAGCUCCAAGCAGUGGAGGAGGAUAUUCUGGAGGAGGAGAAUCAGCUCCGGCUCCAAGUGGCGGAAGCGGAUAUUCAGGUGGAGGUGCCGAGGCUGCUCCGGCCCCUGCACCAGCAGCACCAGAAAGCGGCGGAAGCGAUUACUCUGGUGGUGGAGGAUCUGCCUCAGCGCCAACCGGAGGAUCGAACUAUUCGGGAGGAGGAUCAGCUCCAGAAGCUGCCGCGCCACCUCCACCACCACCACCGCCGCCACCUCCACCGCCACCCCCACCACCACCACCAGCGCCAGCUCCAACCUACUCAGGAGGUGGAGGAGGAGCUGCUGCUGCACCAGCCCCAUCGGGUGCCAACAAUGAUGAAGCUCAAGAAGACAUUGAAGAAUACGAGGGAGGAAACCAAGGCUUCCGCAAUCGUCGUUUUUCGAAAGGAGCUACGAAUACCGAGGAUCCAGUGUGUAAUUCGGUCAGACUUCGCAAACUCAUUAUUCAGAGCAUCACUGAUGAUCCGGAAUCGUCGAUGCAAAAACUGGCAUCGCGUGUUAAAUCGAGACUCGUCAGCGGUGAAUUCUACGUCGCUUGCGGCGAACAAGGAAUCUCACCACUCGACGGCGAGAAUCGCGAACAUUGCUUCGUCAAAGCCGAGGCAUUCGCAUGCUAUGUUUUGCGAAAAGCUUAA